AUGACGAUGUAUGACGAUAAAAGGAGUCACAGUUUUUGUCCAAUGAUGCACGCAAAUCAGAAAAUUUAUCUUGUUGAUGGCGUUGUGGAUGAUUCGGAAGAAAUACGGGAUUCAGCGGCAUUGCUGUAUAUUUGCUUAAGCUCCCCAGCUGAUGCAGGUUUGCCAGUGUUAUACGGAACACUUGCGGAGUUUCCAUUUAUAGGUGCAUCGCUGUAA